ACCCAUCACCCCCGCCACCCCCACCCAAACAGCAGCGAGACCCCCCAGCUCUUCACGGUGGUCCCCGAGAAACGCACGGCCACCGUGGGCACCGCCAUGAUGGGUUCCACGCACAUCUACGACAUGUCGGCGGUGAUGGGUCGCAAGGGACCGGUACCCGAGGCGCAGGGGGUGGAGGUGGCGCUGGCACCCGAGGAGUUGGAGCUGGACCCCACGGCCAUGACGCAGAAGUACGAGGAGCACGUGAGGGAGCAGCAGGCCCAGGUGGAGAAGGAGGAUUUCAGCGACAUGGUGGCCGAGCACGCCGCCAAGCAGAAGCAGAAGAAGCGGAAGGCCCAGCCGCAGGACGCCCGAGCCGGGGGCAAGAAGUACAAGGAGUUCAAGUUCUAGGACGGACGGCGACAGCCCCGUGUCCUUCCCCCCCCUCCCCCGCCAGCCUCUGUCCCCCGUGGGUGGCACGACAGCACCCGUGGGUGCUCUGGGGGGGGGGGGGCAUCACGUGUUUCGGCUGUUGGGGACAGUGGGGUGUCCCCCGUCCCCUUGGUUUUGUAAAUAAAAGGUGGGUGGCCCCACCGCAAAC